UCUGACUUUAAUGUCAUUAAUAGAGUCAAAGUGUCCAGAGAAAACCUGGGCAAAAAAAAUUAAAAAAUCUUGUUUUACAUACAACAAUGUCAAUGCAGAAUCGAAGCUAUAGCACUGUCGCACUCUGGCUACUGCCAAUGUUAAUCCUGUCAGGCGUGGGGCCAUCCGGGAACAACAAUGCUAAUAAAUCCCCAGAUGUCGAGGUUCCCUGGAGCUGGGAACAAUAUGAAAGGAAAGACCAAAAUGAUGGGUGGGACCAGCUGCCUCCAGAGUCACGCUUCCUUCACGAUAUCCAUGAUACCAAGUUAUUAUUUAAGGAGUUAGACGACCUCGAUCGGAUGGAGAAUAAGCCCAAAAAUCCUAGCAGCUCCCAGACCCACAGUCAUUUUAAUAGUUUGCCAGUUGGAUUCAAGACACACAAUUCUAAACAGGACAAAUAUAAAGGGUUCCUUGGCCCAUUGGACUUGGUGCUAAUGGACGCUUCAGGUGUGGAGCAAUUCGAGAAGAUCAAGAGCUACCGGCCGGUCAACAAUUGGAAUGAAAAACCCUCUGAGGGUGUUCCAAGGACUACGGCAACUCCUUCCUCUACCAAAACCACCGCAGUUAUUUGCCCCUCGACCUACUGUCUGCCAGAACCCUCACCUUUUCCUCCUGCCACGUCCAAUUGUCCAGCUUCAGCGGCUCCCACAACGUGUAAACCUCCGCCACCUUCGUCCACUUCGAAACCAACUACCAUAGGUUCCAAAUGCCGCAAGAAAUCCAAACAACUAUCACCAAAAACGGCCAAGAAUCUCUUGGAAAUUAUUUUAGCCACCAAGAAACAUGUUCUUUCAGUGCUAAAAGCCCUAAACUACCUGGAGAUGGAGGUGCGAAGUCAUUCCUCCGAUGACUGUCCGCCUCAGGGCUGUAAGCUAAAACAAUCCCAGCCGAAAAAGAAGCCUGAUGAGCAAAUGGAGAAACUCCUGACGCCAUCUUCCUUCACAAAUUCCCAAUCCUUCUUUUUUGGAAUUCGACCGGCAAGCCAAAUGGAAAGUGACUUUGACAUGGUGUUGGCGAGAGAGGAGGAGCUAAAGCUGAAAAGUCGGGUAUGGGAGGAGCAUCAGCAGCAGAUGAGGGAAAUGCCGUCCACUAAGUCAAGCAAGCAUCACAUGGCUCCACAGGCAGCUGUUCGACUGGAGGACAUACGGGAGUCUCAAUUACCGCAGAAGCCACCUGAGCAUAGAAACCCGUACAAACAUCUUCCCAGCAAGGAUUCCUCUGAUUUUGGACCCACUUGGUAUACGUCUGACUUGAAUGGGGGCCAUUUUAGUAUAUAAUAUGCCUCAAGACACACCGUAGAUUGUAAAUUAGAAAAUAAGGCAGAAAUUUAAAUUGUUGUAUUUGUAUUGUAUUAUUAUUUUCACUUCUUAAUAUGAGUGGCAAAUUUA